AUGAACCUGCCCGAGGAAGAGCUAAAGCAGCCGCUUGUGGGCCCUCAGGAGGAAGUGCCAUCGCUACGAUCUGGAAGUGCAGGUACUAAUCACACGAUGCACAAUCCAUCUGUGGACGUAGGUGCUGAAGAAGAAAAAGAGGAGACGUUUCGGAGUCACGGGACCUGUCCACAAGUACAGCAGCAGAAGAUGCCGUAUGCAGCGCCAAACGUUCAUCCAUACGCUUUACCACAGUAUCAGCCACGAGAAUACGGUGAAAGUGCCGGCAAUUACUGGGGUGGAGGUCAGGAUGAAGAGAGUGGAAGCGACCACGGGAUCAUAGUGGACAUUGUCUUUAGUGGCAUGUACACGCUCGCCGCUGCAUUCACUAUCAUUCAAGGUUUUGGCAUGCUCAUUCACUUUACAUAUGCAGCCGUCACGUUGGGAUUAUAUACUAUGGCGUUUGGCGUGGCAGUUAUAAUGUAUGAUUUGAAGUCUGUGGUGCAUGGUCUGAGCGUGGAGAUGUACUUGCCGUUUCUGGGCAACUACAUUGGACGCGCUGCAACCAUCCUAUUCUUUGCUGUAUUGUGUGCACAAACCUACGAAUACGCAGGCUGGACCAAGUUUAUUGUGCUGUACAACUUGCUCGUUGCUACGCUGCAGGGGUUUGUGUACGUCACCACGAAGACUGUGACACCAAACCAGCCUCAAAUGGACGAUCUGUCCGAUUUGUAA